CCGUAGUCUAAGGAUACCUACGGCGCAGCGCUCAUUGACUUGAUCUUUCUGGCCAUUUCUUUUUGCAUGCUGAGGAUUCUUAUUUCCGCCAAUUUUCCGUUAGCGCAACUCCCUGAUUCAUAUUAUCAACGUGCUGGACUUCACAGUAAUUUUCAUCGAGUUACAACUAGAAUUCGUCUAUAAUGGCGAAGCAAAAGUCACUUACUCCUCAGGAGAUCUACCGGGCACGGAAAGCGCGAGAAGAACGAGAGAAGAACGCGCUACUGCCGCCGGGAUUGUUAAAUCACGGUAAUACUUGCUUCAUGAACUCUGUGUUGCAGGGUCUGAUCGCCACGCAACAUCUAUCUCGUCUUGUCCUAUUCCAGGAUAUCCCUCCCGCAGUCCAGCUGUCUGCAUCAAUUCCAGUGGCAUCCCGCCGAUCACCUGAGUUGACAAAUGGACAUGGUCUAGCAGGGCAUUAUGAACGGCCUUGGACCCCCGGAUUACCCAUUGGAGAUUUGUUUGUGACCCUCUUGCGGCAGGCAUGGGCCAUGCAGGAUGACCGACAAAGAAAUUACUUGAAGCCAAAAGAACUUUUAGCAUCCGUUGGCCAGAAAUACGACCAAUAUCUAGACUUUCGCCAGCAAGAUGCACACGAAUUCCUCAGACAUCUACUUGAUGCAAUGCAGAUGGAGGAGGCUGACAUCAUCAAAAAGCGGCAACCUUCUAUCAAGCAUAAAAAGAAAAAAAGCUCUCCUGCGAAGGCACAUGCGUCACCUAAAACCGACACUCAUGAUCGUGUGCAUAUUGGAUCACCACUGGGACAAAUUGCCAACGCACCAGAUGCUGAUCCGUCACCCCCAGAGGAAGAGACGUUAGCGCCGUUUGUUGACAUGCUUUUCGGGGGUAAGUUAGCCAGCAUUCUGGUGUGUCAGGCUUGCAAACAUGUUUCCCAUACAUAUGAGGACUUCAACGACCUCAGCUUAAGCAUCAAGGCUGAGGACUAUGCUCGCGAACGUAAGCGGGACAAGCUGAAGCAGCUCGCCAAAAAACUGCGCAAUAUAUCCGGAACGGCCCUCAGCGUCAUUCCUGUCCAGCGUUCUUCUUCAGUCCCGGCUACUCCACAUAGAGAUUCGACAUUGGAGAACGCUGAAGUUGUAGAUCCUCAUAGACGACGUAGCAUUGAUUUGGCGGAUGUCGAGGUGGCUGCUGUGGUGGAUAAACAUUCUGACCACGAAAUCAACAACGAAAUCACCGUCGGAACAGACCUAUCUCUACCCCAACUCGAACUACACUUCGAACAUCAGCUUGACACUGCCCUUCAUCACCCACCAGAAUCUGACAAUUCGCCUGCUGCAACCCCUGACUUCCAUAUCGAUGGGACUCCAGAAGCUGAAACCCCACACAAGGGACGAGAACACAUAGAGAUUAGCGAACCUUCUUUAGGCAAUGGUCGCGAGAAAAGGGAGAAGUCGGAAAGCUGGUCGAAGCUUGGGCGAAGAAUUAGUGUAUCAGUUGGGCUCACCAAGCAAUCCAGGGAGGAUCGACGUCGCUCAAAAGAACAGAAGAAAGCCAGACAUGACGCUUCGCAUCAGCGUAACGCAAAGGACGACGAAUUAUAUCCUCCAUCCCCAUCUCUUCAUGCUACAGUACCCACCGUCCAGCCUAUCGAUUCUCCUGACGUGAAUGCUGAACGAGAGCCGACAUCUCUUAGUGCUGUCAACGACCUGUUGCAGGCGCAGCUAGCGGCAGUUAAACGAUCAUGGUCGCCGGUGCAAAAGCCGUCAGCUUCACCUUCACUCUCUUCCACACCCCGGUUUCCUCUCAUCCCCCGACAACCUGCUCCCUCAAUCACAAGCAAACGUUCAAAAGCUAUCAGACCUCCGAAAUUGAGUGCAGAAGAAGCAGCUUAUCUUCGCGACAUCCUGGCCGAUGUUAGUCCAGGAGGAGCUGCAAGUCCAUUUUCCAUCUUCAAGCAGACGAAAGACCAGUCUAGUGCGGGCCCUUCUACCGUUCAGAAUAUGUUUUUGAAGAUCCCUCAGCUAGGCGGUCUAGAAGAUUGUUUGAGAUUAUUUACCUCGGUCGAGGUUCUCGAUGGGGAGAAUAUGGUCAAGUGUCAUCGUUGUUGGAAGAUUGCCAAUGGCCUUUAUGAGCCUAGAUCUCGCAGCCAGAAUCAAGAGUCCGAUUCCUGCACUGACAGCGACGAUGAAAACGAGAGCUUAGACGAUGAAGAUCAGCCCAUCCAUACGCGACACCCCAGUGGGAGCGCACAUCACACACCAAUGCCAAAUCAUUCCGAUCUUCCCAGGUUGACAGCAUCUCCCUCAAGUUCUGCCACCUCCUUGUAUGAUACCCCCAAUAGCCAUGAUACCCUAAGGUCAUCCUCGGGUGACACAACUUUUGAUACCUCUAAUGGUUCGCAUUCCCUUAAAUCUUUACCACUCUCUUUGGAGCUAUCGAGCGAUGAUCAUUUACCCUCUACAUCAACGCCUCGUCUUGCAACCUACGGUGGUCUUCCUAUUCCAAUGAUAUCUACUACCGCCCCCGAGUCACCAAUGUCUAUUAAGACGGCCAGGCCCAUUGCGAUGAGGUCGCCAACCGAUACAUCCCAGGCUUCUUUGCACGCUCACACAUCAAGGCAAGACAGGGAGAAACACCCUGCUAAUACAAUGGAGAGCGAAGGUUGUUCUGACGAGGAAGGUGGGGUAUCUGCUAAUUUAUCUGCUUACUCGGAUGUUUCCUCCACUGCCGUGUCACCGGUGGUAUCACCAAACGUCUCACAAGAGAAACUCGCAGUCUCUCCAACACCUCGCGCGCCACCACAAUAUCUCUCAAAGAUUCCUGAUUCUACGGGUGUCCCUCCUUCCAAGAAAGUGAUCAUGCGAGCGGCAUAUAAACGCUACCUCAUUGCCACGCCCCCGCCAGUUCUUGUCAUUCACCUGAAACGCUUCCAGCAAAUGUCAAAAGUUCCUAUCAUGUCUUUUUCCUCUAGCUUUAAGAAGCUCGAGGAUUACGUGUCAUUCCCGGAAUACCUCGAUAUUGCGCCCUACUUGGCACCCAAACGGGAACAGUAUGCGGAUAUCAAGCCAGGGCAUGUUCGCGGUCGGAGCAAACGUUGUGAGCGGUGCAUGUAUAGGUUAUAUGCCGUAGUCGUACAUAUGGGGAACAUGCUUGGCGGUCACUAUAUCGCAUACACUGCCCUCCCUUCAGCCACGAAGGAAGACAAACAGGCGACGUUAUCGGUAACUGAUUCUGAGAGCUUGACUCACACAGAUCGACCGCAUCGAGACUGGGCGUAUAUCAGUGAUACCACUGUGCGGCUAUCCUCUUUGGACGAGGUCUUAAAGAGCAAGGCAUACAUCUGCAUGUACGAGAGAAUAUGAAUUGGACUCGGCAUCUUCCCUUCACUGGUGUGUUCCCCGCUGUCAGCAUCUCGCUACCUGGUGAUGCAAUUGUACUAUAACAUCCCAAGCGCAGCAGCCGGUUUUUUUCGGGUAUUUUUAUCAUUUUCGCUUGUUGGUAGCACGGGCCACAGGGACCAUCUCUGUUUUAUCUAUACAAAAUACAGCUAUAUAACUUGGACUUGUAAACGAAGGAGACUUUGUUUGUAAACAAGACUUAUGCAUCAUGUUGGGCAGCCGACAAAGUCGGGCCUUCCUGUACUUGACCCGAACAAUA